AUGAAUGGCUCUUCCUCCUCGUUGUUAAUUAAAGCUUUGUCGAAUAGCCAGCAUGAAUUCCUGCAACCAAAAUCCUCACUACACAGCGCUGCCCUAGUGCUUGCAAAAAAAUACCUUGACCCACUGGCGGCGAGUGCGGCGGGCGGGAAAAAAAGUGAGGUUUUGGAGAAAAUUUAUCUGGAUGGAUUCGAUGUUGAUCAGGUCUGGGAGCAGGCGAGGCUUGUUGUGGACGCCGUUGAGGGCGGGGUUGGUCAGGGGAAGGUUGCCCGGGUUGUUAAUGGCGGUGUUAACGGUGAUGCGAAAGGUGUAGGGUUGGCAAAUGGGAAGAAGAGGAAGGCUGUUGCAUUUGAGGAGGAUAUCGACAAUUCUAGUGGAACUGGUAGUCAGAGCGAUAGCGGAGGGGAUGAGGAAGGAGGUUACGAUGAGGACCUCGGGGAGGAGGAAUACGAAGAGUCUAUCGAUGAGGAUGGUGGAAUUGCCCUCCCUGGUGAUGACGAUGGUGAUGAAGAUGAUGCCAGAGAGGGCAUUGAGGAAGUCUUGGAGGAGGAGGGGGAGGAGGGGGAGGAACAGGAGUUUGUUCAAGACGUUCAUGGACUCAAUGACGGUUUCUUUUCGAUCGACGACUUCAACCGUCAAACUCAUCUGCUCGAAAUGCAAGAUGAGCGCGGGGACCUUGGAUCUGGUGAGGAGGAGAUUGACUAUGAUGCCGACCCAGACCAAUUGGCCGACAGUGACGAAGAUAAAGCCGGAGGCGGGGCUACCGCUGUUGGGAAAGACGACUACGAUGAAGGAGAAGACGAGGACAUGCAUGACGGCUACGAUAACGCGAAUGGGAUAAUGUACCAAGAUUUCUUUGCACCGCCUGCCAAGAAGGGAUCAAAAAAGAGGCCUUCAAAAGCAUCGAUACCUUGGAACCAACGGUCUAAAAGGUUAGAAAAAUCGGAGAGAGAGAAUUCUAAUAUUGAGCGUGGGAUGGCUCGGGUACGCCGCGAUUUGUUCGAUGACGGCAUGUCAGAAGAAGGCUCAGAUGUUAGUAUGGAUGGUGACUUGGCGGAUCCCAUGAGCCGUCGAUCGACACACGAGAAACGCCAAGCUACUAUUAUCGAGCAAAUCCGCCAACUCGAAGCUGCGAACGUUGCGAAAAAGGAGUGGACUCUUGCUGGAGAAGCUAGAUCUACAACUAGACCUCUUAACUCGCUGCUAGAGGAGGAUCUGGACUUUGAGCGAGCUGGAAAGCCUGUCCCCGUAAUCACCCAGGAGGUCACCGAAGAUUUGGAGGAGAUGAUCAAGCGAAGAAUUCUCGCUUCUGAUUUUGAUGAAGUAAUCCGAAGACGGCCUGGUGAUAUCUCAUCUCGCUUCCAGAGAGGUAGAAUUGAGUUGGACGAUUCCAAGCCCCAGCAAGGCCUAGCAGAGAUUUACGAGAAAGAGCACCUCCAAAAGGUCGAUCCUGAAAACAACCCAGAUGUUAAGGACGAGAAAUUGGCAGAAGCUCACCGAGAAAUUGGGGCACUUUUCUCCGAUAUUUCUCGAAAACUCGAUGCCCUUAGCAGCUGGCACUUCACUCCUAAACCUCCUAAGCCUGCUAUUUCUAUUGUUGCCGAUGCUCCUGCCAUCUCCAUGGAGGAGGCCCAACCGAGUGCUGCUGGUGGCGGCACCCUAGCUGCUAAUACUUCUAUGCUCGCGCCACAGGAAGUCUACGCUCCUCAGAAGGACAGGGCAGUGGCAACCAUCGGCGCAGGCGGCGGUAGGGAGAUCGUCAGCAAGAGCGGGGCUCCAGUUUCAACAAGAGAGAUGACCAGGGAUGAGAAGCAGAGACGGAGAAGGAGGGAGAAGGAGAAAAUAAAAAAACGGAACCUAGGAGAGGGGAAUAAAGGUGGGGAAGUCAAGGUGGGGAGUAGAAAGGACGUUGUGGACAACCUCAAGAAGGGACGCGUUAAGGUUAUUGGAAAUGGGGGCGAGAAACGCGAUGUGGAUGGCAAUUUAGUUAACGAUAAGAAGGGAGAGACAAAAAGCAGCUUCUUAAAAUUG